GCGCAAUCAUCCGAAUCUUGGCGUUCGAUAACACACCGAGCAUUUAUCUGUUGUUGGACGCCAACUGCCAUUCGCUAGCACACACAUUCGUCGUGGCGUCUCCGUACGAGAGUGCAUUGUAUAUUUCCAUGGUGUGUGAAACGGCAUAACUAUUGUGGAUGUAACAAGUGUUUUUUAACUUGUUGAAUCGCUGUUUUCUAUCUGUUCGAAUAUUUUCAUCGCGAUGGCAUCGCCUUCAACACCCAGAGGCAGAGGAUCAAAGAAAUUAAUACCAAUCAGCGAAUCAGGAUUAUAUCACACUGAAGAUCAAGAAGAUUUGGACUCUUAUUUCCAGCAGAUGAGAGUGUCUUCGGACGAACCCAGUUCACCAUCUUCUAUGUCCACAUCUUCAUCGUCUUCGAUAGAUCAUUUCUGUCGUGGUUUUCCUAUGCAGCUGCAUGUACCAGAGGCAUUUGCCGCGCAUGAGAAGAAGUCCAGAAACACUGCCAUCAACACCAACAACAGCCGUGAGAAUAACAACGUCAAUCAGAUCCCCCAGAUGCAAUUUUAUGUGAACGAGAACCUCAACCCGCCUCCGAAAACGGAAGAGGAUGAGAACAGGACUCUGAGGUUCGUCGGUCGCCGAGGACUGGCCAGGGGUGACGGUGACGACAUCAAGAGCGUCAAGGGAACCGUGAGGGGUGUCAAAAACAGGGUUCGGGCCGGCAUUGCCAACUUUGAGUUUAAACCGCUGGAUAAUAAUAAGAAAUCAAAUGUCGUCAACUCCGCUGACGAGGUCGGUAGGAUAAUCGUUUACACGACCAGCGUCAGGAUCGUCCGACAGACAUUCGACGACUGCCAGUACGUACGGAAACUCUUCCAGAAUCACAGGGUUUUAUUCGAGGAGCGGGAUCUCUUCAUGAACGCAAAACAUCAGAAGGAGCUUGAAGAGAGGCUAGGUACCACCACAGACAUCAACUUGCCUAUCUGUUUCAUAGAUGGAGAAUUGGUUGGGGAUCUCAGAAAGCUAGAAGAACUCAAUGAAUCUGGAGAAUUGAGGAGAAUUUUACAAAGAUUUGAGAAGCACAACCCCAUGAUUAGCUGUAAAGGAUGCGGCGGCCAUCGCUAUAUUCCCUGUACGUUUUGCAACGGGAGCAAGAAGUCGUUAUUACGUAACAACUGGACGGAUACCUUCAUAGCGCUCAAAUGUUCGUAUUGUGACGAAAAUGGGUUACGGAAGUGCCCCGAAUGCCACAAGCGGUAGAGUAACUGCUUAUACCCUAUUUCUAAUUAUUUACUUAAUUCAAUUUAUUGCAAGAUUAAAGCCAUAUACUAGGACCUGCGUAACCGACUCCAACCCGACCAAAGUUAUUAUUUGAUAUCGGUUACCGGGUUUGGAAUCGGUGUCGUUGAUGUGACUGUAUAAUUUUGUGUGCGUAUAAGAUAACAAAAUUAGCCAAGAUUUCUAUCAUAAUAUUAUAGUAUUUGUAAAGAAUUUCAGAUUUUGAAUGUAUAUUUUGUAGCCACGAAGGAGGACAUAAUAGAACCAAAUUCUUUACUCUUUGAAAUAUUUUUUUUUAGUUAUUACAAUUUUUGACAAACUUUCUAUGAUAGAAGAUGCUAUUGAAAAUUACUGUGCAACUGUCUGCUAGGAUUUUUUUUACAACAAACUCAAUUGAUCAUUAUCGUAUAAAAAGAGGUUUUUACAAUAAUUAUGAUGUUCUCAAAUUAAGAGAAAUGUUUUCUCUUCUGCACAUACCCGGCACAUUAUAUAUAUUCUAUAUAUAUCAUUCUACUUCUGAACUGAAAGUUUAAUAACUAUUUUUUUAAGAUAAGAAAUGUUAUCAUUAUUUCAGCGAACGUUCCACAGAGGGCCUUUAUUAUUGUAAAUAGCACACAACACUAUUUUCUAAUUUAUGCAUCUUGAAUGUACAUAAAUGAAAAGCUUAAUAUUUUUGUUUGUUUCUGUGCAGUAAAAUAUGCAAUCCGUGUUAUGGUCUUGACUGUCAUGCAAAGUUUAUAUUUUUCUUCAAAUAUAUGGAUGAUUUUUCUGCAGUUGAUUGUAUUUUAUCAUUCUAAAAAUAGAUGUAUAAGUAUAAUUAUAUAAUAUAUAUUUAUAUGCCGGAUAGAUAAUUACUGUGAUGCAAAAAGUAAGAAUGACGGUGAAUAAAAAAUAUUUAUUUUGGGCUCAUUUAUUGGCUAUUUUUCUCGCAUGUAUUCAUUGUGGCCUGAACAGAAUUGGAUCGAUCUCAAAUAUUGAUAAAAAAUGGAUAUCAUAAUUUUGCCCCUUCUUGCAUUAUUAUCGGCCUCAAUCAUGUUGAUGUCUAUGAUUUAAGUUUUAUGAUCAACCUGUUCUUUAUUCACCGUCUUUCUAUAUUGUAACCAGAUAAUAACCUUCUAUGGACUCAGUCUUUCACUCAGAGCCGUAUAUGCCUAUACCAUGUGUACAAAAACAAAAGGAAAAAUAUAAUCUUUCCUUGUUGAUUAUCGAUGCAUGACUGAAUAACUGCAUAUUACCCAGGUUCAUGUUUUCAUUACACCUCAUACUCCAGUAAAAUUUAUUUUCUUGGAAUCUUGCUGAACUUCAUAAGUUUUAAGUCUCUUUGGUAUUCUUGUUGCGGAACCUAUUCAACUUUUAGAGAAAAAAAAUCAAAAUGCACCCAAAUAUAGGGACUUUUGGGAGCGGUAUAUGGUUGAUGCAUGACUGUGUUCAUCUUUACUAUGAAUAUUACCUCAAUUAAAACAAUAUUGAAAUUCAUGAUUCGAGUCGCGUCUGGCAAAAAAUAAAUAAAUGGAAGCCUCGGAGCAGUACAGUCAUUACUUUACCAAUGCGACAUCGUGCAAAAAACGCGCAGUUUCUGCUGGCUGAGUAUUGAAGACGGUUAAUACCUUGUUUAUGGGGCGCCAAAAAGUAAAGGGUUUGCAGUUUUCUCUUAUGUAGUUUAACAUUAUUUCGUUUACGGGAUAUACAUUUUAUCAAUAUAAAUGAUGAAUGCUCUAAAUAGGGGUAAUUUUGUAAAGAUCUGUCCCCACGGGGAGGUAAACACUGCAAGGCAACAAUGAGAAUAAUGUUAGCUAUCUUUCAGUUUGCUGAAAUGUGAGUGCCUUUUUUUCAGUUGAGAUUCAGUCGACCUUGUCUAAUGCUCAUAAACAUUAUGUAAUUAAAAUAUAUAAAAACUGCAAACAAGAGACAUUCUAUUAGCAAUGCAUCGAUGACUAAUCAUAUAUUAAUGCAGUCUUCUCAAAAUUAAAUUUAUCAAUAUUUGCUACGAGACAGCUAUACUUUCAGGGUUAAUUUUUAAAGUGAAAGAAGUUAAUGUGAUCUAUAGUUUAUUAUAGUAAUAUUACUGAACAUGAUAUUUGGAAAUGUAGAUCCUUUCUUGGGGUAAAUGAAUAGAUCUCUCUACUCUUAACAGGCCUAGCGAUCCAAUAGUGGUUAAGAUUAUUCAACAUUUUUGUAAUGCAUUGUAAUUCUGCUUUUGUACAGGUUGUAAAAUGCAACAUUAAAAUCCACAUUUGGUUUACAUGCAGGUUUAAACCAAAAUAAUAAUGUCAAUACAUAAAAUGUAUUUAAAAAGACGUUGUUCAAGAUUCUAAGCACGUUGUUUUAGAUCGUCUUUCUCUAUUGUUUAAACUUCUCUCAGAGUUUUCGUUACAGUGAAGGAAUUAACCAACGUGCUUAAAAUUUUAAACAGCAUUUUUACGGUGUAUAGGAAGGUGCAUACUCUUAUUUAUUUCAAUAAUUUUGUAAAUAUAUAGAAAUAAGAGAAUCGUUUAAAGGAACACCUUGCCAAACUUUAUUGUAGUUAUACAUCUUGCAAUCAAUUGCAUACUUGGUUUACAGGUAUAUGAUUUUUUUUAUAUAAGAUAUGAUGUAAGUAAACACUAGUGUUUUUUUAUGUGUUUGGUUAAGCAAUUGAAUAAUUGUACCUAAGUUCAUAUUUUUCCCUAGAUGUGUGAUGUUGACACGGUCAUACAUAUUGUACACGCUGCAGCUCCAAUAUUGAAACAGUGUCAAAGGAGGGGUUACACUGUAAUAUGUUGUUUAAAUUUUAAGCACGUUGUUUAAGCUUGUCACUCUAACAACGGAUUGUUUAAAUUUCUAAAAUAUUUUAACAACUUUUUAAACAAAUUUGUUUAAAGUUUUAACAACCUGUUUGAGACUUUAUAAACAAUAUAUUAGAUUUACGGGCUUAAACAAUGUGCUUAAAAUCUAAACAAGGUUUUUACAGUGCAUAACUUGUAAGUUAAGUGCAUAAGUUGUAACUAGCCGGCAAACUUCUUUUUAGGUACGAGUAAAACGCAAUGUCAUUUUGAUUAAAUAAGCUAAGGAACUUCAACGGGAUUGCUCUAUCGUGGUGUUAUUUACACCUUAAAACUGUGAUGUCAAUCAGUGAGGGAUCAUAUCAGUUAUUCUACACCGAUGUUAGCUCAACACCCGGUGAUGUAGGCCUAGUUACAACACCUUUGGCAGAUAUAUAUACUUUUGGUGUUAUGUUCAAAAUUUUGGUGUAACACCUUGGGGUAUGGCUCCGACUAUUUUCUAGUCUUAUUUUACGAGAACAGAGUUAUUUCUGACUAGAAUAUUAUUCAGAAGUGUGACUAGACAUAUCAGCUACACCCAGCUGACUUCUGGUAAAUUUGACCGAGUCGUUUUAAGGGUGUAGGAGUAAGUGUAAGUUAAGAUUUAUACGUCAUCGGUCAUGUUGUCCAAGAUUAUGGUGAUCCUCAUAAACAUCUUGAUCCUUUGUCCUGCUGAUUGACUUACUGAGUGGCUUUGACCAACUUCGACAUGGACCAUGCCACUCUUUGAAAAGGAUGAAGCCAAGUGCCAAGUAAUUACUGUCAUGGGCACCUCUGCUUGAGCUAUUUGGAAGGUAAAUAAAUACAUUGAAAGACAAUAGCGGUAUUGAGACCAGAUAACAAGGCGAAACACAAUGCCUUAAAUGGACCUUAGCAAGUUCUUGAUAAAAGGACCCCUUUGAACUUACUUUGAUUAGGGCAGGCCAAUAUGGAACGUUGAUUUCCUAGUAUAAUAGGAGUAUUGAGCAGGAAGAGUUUUAAUUCGCUUCCGCAUGUAUUGAUUUAACACCCCUCUUGCUCUCAAAAGAAGCGAUAUUAACCCUCAAUCGGCCCUCAAUAUUAAUCCCUAAGUGACAGAUGUGUAAAAGCUUUCAAAACGAAUGAUUCCUUAUAACAUUUGAACUUGAAUGACAUACAUCAAUCAUCAAGCUCUCACCAGAUCUAAAAAAAAUCAUGACCAUGAACAUUAUGAUUAUAUUCCUUAUUCAAGUUAGCCAUAUCUACUGACAAUAAACAUCACUUUGCAUCAUUUUUAUCAAACUUUAUACAAAUGCACAUAGCACUUUAAUUCACCUGUUAAACAGUCAUCAAACAAACCAGCCCUUAGAUAUGUUACCAAAAAAGUUAAAGAUGGAAUAUGUGUAAUUAUUGGUCUAAAAUUAAAGGUCAAACAAGACUUCUUGGCAACGCUUGAGAUGUGCUUGAGACAUUAAAGUUCAUUUCUCAAGGAUUUAUUCUUUUUCUUCAAGAUUUCGUAAAAAAGGAUCCACAAACUCCAAAACUGCACACAUCCGUGUGUACUGGACAUGCAGUCAUCAGUUUUUGCACUCUUUAAAUAAUCCAUCCUUUCUUGUUUUAUAUCAGCCAAAUUAUAUAUGACGUAAACAAGUAGGAAUUCGGGAAAAUCCCUCCCCUUCCUCUCAGAGAUCAUAUUUACCCAAUAUGUGUAUUCAGAAAAUAAAGACAUAGAGAAAAUAUUGGAUUUUAAUAACCUAGUCAUGUUUCGAAGGGGGGGGGGGUUAGUUUUGAAAUCCUCUAAUUAACCAAAUCAAAUAUUUUUCUAUCAUAUAUGAAAUUAUUUAAGUGUUUGAACUCGUUACUCAUCGUACAUCAAAAAUAAAUAUUGUGAAAGCCAUUCAACGUGUUUUUUUUUUCAAUAUUGAUCUUGUAAAUGAGAUAGUCUUUAAUUCUCUGUUUAUCUGGGGAAUUUUAUGAUUUCAACUCUUGUUAUGACUGGUAAUCAGUAUCAUCUAAAUUUAUUUGUUCAUGUCCACAAUAGUAAUCGGGUUAUAAACUUAAAAAAUCAAGAGGAGAGCGACAGAAAGAGAUAAAAGAGGAGAGAGGGGGCCUGGCCAAGUAUAAUUUUCCAGUGUAUUUGACAAACAAUUCGAUAGAUCGAUCAUCUAUGACUGUGUUUAUCACGAUCUCGCGAUAUCAUAUACCAGAUUUGAACUCCUGAGGAGGAAUUUCGAACCAGGAAGUGACUACAUGAAAAAUAAAUCCAUGGUGACUCGACAGAGUUAAAACCGACUUGAAAUGAACGAAUGCUGAAGUUUAUUUGCAAAAGUGAGAAUUUUAGUGUUAAGGUGGUACACAAAUCGGAGUCUUUGUACAUUUCUAAUGUGUUUUUCAAUAUACCACGCUGGUUUCUCAAAUUGAAACAAAGGUGCACAAAUAACGUUGGGAAAUUAAGCAUACUAAUGUUUUGAAAUUGAAGUUCUUUGUUCGACACGUAAUGUGUUUUCGAAAAUAGAAUGUUGAGAAAAGUACACCCAUGAAAAUUAUGAGGUUUCUGAUUAUUAUUAUGAGUGAAAAACAUCGCAUGUAUUUGCCCAAUUAUGUAAAUCCUGAUUAAAGAAUGAUGUUAUCAAUAAUCAAAACGUCAAAUUAUCAAGUUGCUUUCAAGGGGAACUGGCUAUUGCGCAAUGUGUGCGAUUCUAACAAUGAUACAAAACAUUAUAUUCCAUUGUUUAACGUGAGACGUUUAACAUAAGUCAACAUUAUGAAAUAAGAUUUAACCAUACUCGCAGUCUGUAUUUCGUAUAUUUCAAUUUUUAUUUAUAUGGUUAUUUAAACAGCAAUUGAUGGUUUGUUCAAAAUUAAUUUUAUGAUUUUAAAUGAUAAAAAGUCUGUUUUCAGUGGUUUAAACUGGAUGUAUGUACUAUAAAAGAUAUCCAUGAUCGUAACCAAUAGUAUAUUAUUCAGUAUUUAACAAUGUUUCAUUUGGUAUUCAGUACAUAAAUAUUACAGCUCUAAUUUUAAUAUUUAAUUAACUUAUAAGCAACACUUCAUAUCCUCGUGAAAUAACAAAGACAUGUGGGCGUCACCUUUAUGGAUGACUCAUUUCUAAUGUAAAAACAGAAAUACCUCAGUCUGAAAUUUACUUUGUUCAUCUGAUGUAUUCUGUUAACGCUAAACUUGUCUAAGAAUAUGUUAAAAUCCUGGAUUCGGUUCUUCUUCUUUGAAUGUUCGUCUGUACCCCCCCCCCCCACUCCAGGGCGGCGCACUAAUACAACAAAAGAAGGGAGGGAGGUUGGAAAAUAAGAUAGACGAAACAAAAUUAUUAAAGGAUAUUUCUGGACAGUGUAACUCUGUAAUUAGAUGUAGAAAAAAACAUUACCAUUGGGUGGUAAUUGCCCCCAUUAAAAUAUGAUUAGCAAAUCCUACCCCCCCCCCUGUGAUUGAACAGCGUGCGUAUUAUAUUCCAUUGUCAUCAAUGUUGAAUCGGGGAAUGUUGAGUCUUUAAAAGAGGAUUUUUCUUUGCAUCUAUUCAAAUCUCUUAUUAAAUACCGUUUCCUUUAUUUUCACGCCGUUGUUAGUGAAUAGUCCAACCAUUCAAACAAACAAAAAAAUCGAACCAGGAAAUGAUUGGGGUUAAAAAAAAUAUAGAAAUAAGAAACACGGGUGAGAAACUUUAUGGCAGGUGUAUGAGUGUAAACACGUCUGAUAUUCAAUAUGAUAUUAUCUUUGCAAACAUAUAUGAUGGGAUAACCAGGAGCUUUGAUAAAAGGGGAAAACAUAAUCCUUAUUUCUACCGAAAAAAAGAUGAAUAGAUGAACUUCUACGUUAUGUAAAGUAUAUGCUUAGAAUUGCCCCUCUCUUUCCACAGUGGAGGGGAGGGGCGUUAUAUCAAUAAUUCCAUUUUUGCAAGGAGGGAUUGAGAAAGUUGGCAAUGUGUCGUGGGAUGGAUGUAAAAUCUUACCCCCAUAGAGUAAUGUUACUUUUAUCUGCAACUAAACUUAAUUGCAUUCAAUAGUCUCUGCAUCUUCAUUCUAGAUAAAGUAAUGUUUUCAUUUUCUUAAGAAAAUAAGUGUCGUGUGUUACACGUAAAGGGUUGCCGAAAUGUAAAAUAUUGUAUAAGCUAA